UUCCAACAUUUUUUUCCUCCCAGAUAUGAAUUGUGUUUUAUUCUUGCUACACAUACAUCCAGUGUUUAGGUGGAAUCGUUUAAAGUUUUUUGUGCAAAUAUAACAGUACCAUUCAAGACCUCCGCCCUUUUCCUGUACAACAAGGAGGUUUUUAUAGACUGUGUUCCUCAUUUUGCUUCUACAGUGUUCAAAGUGUGUCGAGAUGGAAGUACAGAACUCUUCUGGGCGUGCGUGGAUGAACUAGAAUGAUACUGGAUAUUAUCUGGGGUAGAGACUGAUGACAUUUGCUCUGCCACUGUUGGCUUACACUGGGGGAAAAAAUGCAUCAUAACCAAGGGGAACAGUCGGUCAAUCAAAUUACUGCGCAGCACGGGACAGCGCGCCACAGCGACUCCAGCAGCCAGGGGAGCAGCUUGGACAGCGACCUCACUGACCAGCCUCCUGCUUACUCUAAACUGGAGUUCAGGAGACAUGCAGUAACAGAUGACUAUAAGAUCACUGCUCAGGUUCUUGGCUUGGGCAUCAAUGGAAAAGUGCUGGAAUGUUAUUGCAAGAAGACAGGAGAGAAAUGUGCCCUCAAGGUUCUGUAUGAUACUCCUAAAGCCAGGCGUGAAGUGGAGCUGCACUGGCGAGUCUCCGGAGGUCCUCACGUCGUCCGGAUACUCAGCCUGUAUGAGAACGUACACCAGGGGAAGAAAUGUCUCCUCAUCAUAAUGGAGUGUAUGGAGGGAGGGGAGCUGUUCAGUCGCAUUCAGGCCAGAGGGGACCAGGCCUUCACAGAGAGAGAAGCAUCAGAGAUCAUGCAUGACAUCGGCUCAGCUAUAGACUAUCUCCACCACAUGGACAUUGCUCAUAGGGAUGUAAAGCCUGAAAACCUGCUCUACACCACCAAGGAGAGUAACGCUACACUAAAACUGUCUGACUUUGGCUUUGCGAAGGAAACAACACUGCACAAUUCCCUCCAAACUCCCUGUUACACUCCAUACUAUGUUGCCCCAGAAGUGCUAGGGCCAGAGAAAUAUGACAAAUCAUGUGACAUGUGGUCUCUGGGCGUCAUCAUGUACAUUCUGCUUUGUGGAUUUCCUCCAUUCUACUCAAACACAGGCCAGGCUAUCUCUCCAGGAAUGAAGCAGAGGAUUAGACUGGGCCAGUAUGAGUUCCCCAACCCUGAGUGGGCUGAAGUUUCUGAGGAAGCCAAACAGCUCAUCAUUCAGUUACUGAAGACAGACCCUAAUGAGAGGAUGACCAUUGGACAGUUCAUGAACCAUCCUUGGAUUAGUGAGUCAAUGGUGGUGCCUCCAACUCCUCUCCACACCUCUCGUGUUCUGACUGAGGAUAAGGAGCUUUGGGAUGAUGUGAAGGAGGAAAUGACCAGCGCUCUGGCCACCAUGCGUGUUGACUACGACCAGGUGAAGAUUAAAGACCUGGACACUUCCAACAACCCUCUGCUCAACAAGAGACGCAAGAGGCCCAUGCCUGCUGGGCCUGAAAGAGGAGGAGAUGGAGAUGAAGUAGUGAAUAACAGUAAUAGAGAAGUUACAUUUUCUGAAGAGCACGGGGAAAUGAUUAUUGGACAUAAGUAGUAUCAAGCUAUGAAAGCCAAAGUUAGCAAUAUUUUCCCAUGUAUGCCACUUGUAUUUUACUUAGUUCUUUUCUUUCUUCUGUAUCACUGCACUCAAUAGUCUUAUGAAUGUGAUGUAUUUUGAUUGUUCUUCUUUAACAAAAUAAAACAGUGUUUUUUGUU